UGGGAGUUCGUUGUAUAUACGAAGAGCUCGCCGCUUUUUCGAAACCCUGGUUUUUGGGGUUUUAUAUGCCAAACUCUCUCAUUCGGUGGCCGAAAAAGCACCGACGACGAAGACGAAGAAGACGACGACGACUUCACACUUCUCUGAACCACCUAUCUACUGCACGGGGAUCCGUAGCGCUAGGGCAAGGUAACCAUGGGCGUUGAGUUUAGGGACGACGAGUCAGGUUUCCGUGAGAUAGGAGACCAUGAUUUAAUCUAUCGCGCCAGGAAAACUCUUUGCUCAGUCGCAUCGGGUGAUACUGAGGAUUACCGAGAGCUCCUUAGUUCUAGGAACCGCGAAAAGCUUGGCAUUGAGGAAGUAGCUAUGCUUGUGACAAAUUUGAAUGCACUAUCUGGAUCAGUUACUUACAAAGAAAACGUUCAACACGAUGAACUUCUCUCAGCAAUUUUUGACAAGAGCUUGUGGAACUAUAAGCCUGAUGUGAUGGAUGCAUUGAUUAAAUUCAUUAAAUUAUUGGCUAUUUCAAGUGGGAAGUAUGUUGACCGUUGUUUGGAGAUGCUCACCCACCAGUUCUGUCCACCUGAUAGUUUGCCGAUUUUGAAAAUUCUUGCAAGAAAGGACCAAGUUUUAUCUCGUGUGCAUUCAGCUCUGAAAUAUAUAGCUGAUAUGAUGCCACUUUCCCCUAUGAGACUAGGGCCAAUUGUUUUAGAUGGAAUGCCACCAUGUCGUUGUAGUAAGAUCUGUACUCCUAGUCUUGUGGUAUACGUAGAGAACAUGUUGAAGUUGGAUCUCGGGGAUUUGUUUCGGAACCUCAUGCUUGCGGGUGUCGUGGAUUUGCUGCUAAAUCUGGAUUUGCAGAUUGGAUUGGAUAGUAAAGGAAUAUUUGAGAUGGAGCAAGAAGAUGUGAAUGAGUCUACGGAUCAGGAUCUGAAUGAUGACAGUGAGCGUCCUAGACAAUUAAGUCCAGAAGCAAAAGCAAUUGCUGAAAAAUUGGAUAGCUUGAUGGUGUUAAUUUUUGAGCAUCUUGAAUCUUGUAGUGGCCAUUUGAUCCAGACCUUUCAAACUCUUCUGGACUCAUUUAUGAAGACUGUUUUGACUGCAUACAAAUCAAAAUUUUCACAGUUUGUGAUAUUCUAUGCGUGUGCUCUUGAUCCUGUAAACUGCAGUGUGACAUUUGCUAUGAAGCUUGAAGAUAAAUUCUUUUGCAGUACUGACUUCCCAAACAGCAGAAUGAGUGCCGUUGCUUAUCUUGCUAGUUAUUUGUCUCGGGCGAAAUUUCUGUCAGUCUCUGUGGUUGCUGGCACCCUGGAAAGGGUGGUGGAUUGGUGUUUCAAAUAUAUCGAAAUGCAGGAUGAUGAAAUAAAUCCAGAAGCUCAUAGAAUAUUUUAUUCUGGAUCACAGGCCAUCAUGUAUUUGCUGUGCUUCCGAAUGAGAUCAAUGAUGGAUGAUCCUCAGCUGAAGCCAUGGCUUGUUCGUUUGCCUUUAGAGUCGAUUUUGAAUAAUAAGUUGAGCCCGCUGAAGGUGUGUCUGCCUUCCAUUGUAUUGGAGUUUCUACGGCAAGCAAAAGCAGCUAGGUUAUUUAUGACAUCUGAGAAAUUCAAUUUUGACGACUACCUGGAAUCAGAACUUUCAAGGGAAUUUGGUGGGAUGGAAAGGCUCGACAUGUUCUUCCCUUUUGACCCAUGUCUGCUGAAAAAAAGUGACAGUUGCAUCCGGCCAAACUUCAUUUUCUGGUCAAUGGUUCAACCCACAUAUGAUGACGAAGAUUCCAGUGAUGAAGAUAUCGGUGAAGCUUUUGCAGGUGACGAUGAUGAUGACGGUGGAAUGGAUUAUGGGAUUAUGCAGAGCUUGGGGGAACAGCAUUUUGAUUUUGAUGAAUUCGACUCUUCAUUGAACAAAAUGUCUAUCACACCAAAAGAUUCCUUCCAUAGUAGGUUUGGUGGUGCAAUAAACCAACGCAUGCGAAUGCCCUCGAGAAUUAGACCGUCAACAAGUCCGGAAUCAUUGUAAACUAAACCCUCUUUUCUUCAAUGGAAGUUGCAAGCCGCAAAACUGUAUUGGUUGUACAAACAGACAUUAUGAUGGCUUCAGAUGAAUGUGGCAAGCUGAUGAUGAGUGAGAUGCGAGAUGGUAGACUUUAGUCCCUAGUUUUUUAUUUAUUUACUUUGGGUAUUACUCUCCAUUGAAUUUGGAGAAUAUGCCUACUGAUGAGCUUGAUUUUAGUUCCGGUUGUUUUUUUUUUGUGCCCAUUUGAAUUGGGCAAAAUUGGGUAGAUACAGCAAUUAACACAGUUGAAUAUAUUAUAGCGAGGCUAAUUUUCUUUAAUAAGUUCUAUAUUUUCAAAGGCUCC